AUGCGUUCGUUAUCAAUCCUGUGUUUGUUUACCUUGAUCGCUUUGGGUCACUCUCGAAGUCAUUAUGAACGAAUUGCUCAACUUCUUCAAGCAUAUCGACGUGCUGAGGAGAAUUCCGCACAAAUUUCUUACGAUUUUCCAGCUACGAAUAAAAGUAUAACCUACGCCGAUUUAUUGACAUCGGAAGGUGCAAAAGGAUACAUUUAUCUUCAAAGUGUUAUGGAUCAAAAGUAUGCAUCACAAAACGUGUUUGUCAAUUUGAACGGUUGGCCAACUGAGUAUUCAUAUGAAAUUCUUCCUGAACCAACAACUAGUAGCGACUUGAUAUCUCAACUUCUUAGCGAAGGGNAAAGAUUAAUUGGUAGACAAAGAAAUUGGUAUCAUAUUAAAGAUGUUUAUUCAUUAUUAACAAAUUCAAAACCGUCACAAUUGAAGUUUUUGGAAAAGUUUAUUUCAACAUCACCUAAUCUAAUUAAUUUACUUCAUUAA